GAGACACUCAGACGACUCUCACUGGAGGAAAUCUUCAAAAACACACUUUUCCUGCAGCUUUUUGUGCUUUUUUGUGGAUGCAACGUGAGACCUACUAUUGCUUUUCUUAUUUUCAGGUCGGGUAAUUUUAAAAGAAAGCUGCAAUGCUUCCAUUCUACCUCCUGACUUUAGCUGCUACCAUCCAAGCACACAACCUGUUGCCAGGCUCCUGCAACUUCGAGUCCAACACCUGCGGAUAUACGUCAGAUCCAGACUUUACAAGCUGGACGCUGCACAAAGAUGGCCGUUUUGUGUCGGUGGAAGCAGCCGUGAGCGACGACCAGGAGGAUCAGAUAGGUGCAGAUGGCGGACCACAGAGAGAGACCUCAGGGGUCCUGCUGAGCCCGGCUCUAGAGCAGGGCGAGUGGAGCUGCCUGAGGCUCGUCUACCAGAUCAGCGGGUCGGGGAGCCUGGAGGUCCUGCAGCGCACUGAGGGAAAGAGUUUCGACAGACCGCUGUGGAGCAACCAGUCACCCUCUGACAGCUGGGUCAUCUCCAGCAUGGACCUGCAGAACACCACCGAGCCUUACACGGUUGUCAUCGGAGGUAAACCCGGACUGAGCACUGGGAGCAGCGUGGCCGUCUUUGAGAUCCACAUCACCCCGGGGUACUGCCUGGAUUGUGAUUUUGAGGAGUCUCACCUGUGUGGAUACAGUAAUCAGUGGAACGCUAAUGUAAACUGGUAUGUGGGAGGAGGCGGUUCCCAGAUCCUUCACAACAACAUACCAAACGACCACACAUACAACAACAAGACAGGUCACUUGAUGUACGUGGACUCCAUCUACGCCAAGACUUUCAAAGAAGUGGCAAAACUGGCGUCUCCCAUGACGACGGUGCCGAUGUCCGGAUGCCUGAGUUUUCAGUACCAGCGAAGCGAGGAGAGAGGGAACCUGUUCUCAGUUUUCACCAGGGACCGGCUGGGUCAGUACCAGGAGCUGUGGAGGGCGGGGUCAGAAAACCAAAACGACUGGAGCGGGACGCUGGAAGAAUGGAUACCUGUGCAGGUGGAACUGAAGGCACCGUACUCUGUACAGGUGGUCUUUGAAGUGUCCUUUAACAGUGCGAGAGCUGGACGUGUUGCAGUGGAUGACAUUUCCUUUUCUCCAGAGUUCUGCAGCACAGACACUGAGCCGACCUUUGACCCCUCCAUCGCUAACUGUGACUUUGAGGCUGGUUUCUGCCGCUACUCCCAGGAGCAGAUGAUCGGGUCGUCGUGGAGGAGAGUGUCUGUGAAGCCCAACAUAUUUAGGAACGGAGACCACACCACAGGGGCAGGAUAUUUCCUGUUGGCUCACUCCUGGCUGAGCCCACUCUCUGGUUACGUUAGUCGCCUGAUUGGUCCAACUCUGCCUGGGAACAUGAAGUACUGCCUGAGAUUCUACUUCUCCCUGAGGGGUUUCAACCAGAUGGACCAGGCUCUGGCUGUGUAUCUGCAGCAGGGCAGCAGCCAGGAGAGGAUCUGGGCUCAGGGGGAGAAGUCCAGAGGAAUCUGGAUCACAACGGACAUCACCUUCCAGACAUCAAAGCCUGCCAAGGUGGUGUUCGUCAGCACCUGCAGGAGCUUCUGGGACUGCGGCUCCGUGGGUUUGGACGACAUCAGCCUGAGCCUCGGAGACUGUGAGCUGACAGCAGGCUCUGUGUUGCCGACUCUCCCAGGACACUGUGACUUUGAGGCGGGCCUGUGUGGCUACACUCAGGACAAGCAGAGUGACAGUGGAGACUGGGAGUUGAGACGAGGACCCACCCCCACCUCCUACACCGGGCCGAGAGCAGACCACAGCACGGGACUCGGAUACUACCUGCACAUGGAGGCGUCACCCAUGCUGCCGGGUCAGAGCGUGCGGCUGCUCUCUCGACCCCUGAGAGGCUCCAGGGGGCCUCAGUGUUUGAGCUUCUACUACCACAUGUACGGCUCAGGCACGGGUCAGCUCAGCGUUCACCUCCAUAAGGAUGGAGAGGAUGCGUUGCUGUGGAAACUGAGCGGAGAGCAGAGCGUUGCCUGGCUGAGGGCCACGGUGGAGUACAGGAGCGAUAUCCAGCAUCAGAUUGUGUUUGAAGCCACCAGGGGUUCAUCAGUAAGGAGUGACAUUGGCAUUGAUGACAUUAUCUUAGAGAGCGGACCUUGCCCAGUAACGAAGACAGAAGCCCCCGUGGGAAGCUACAAUGAGAUCGAGUAGAAGGAAGAUCAGCUGUGUACGAUGCAUGAACCCCCCCACCCCCCGUGUUUUUUGUUGUUGCACAUUACAGACCCCUGACUCCUGCGUGUCAAUCAGAACAUUUAGUAGUGCGGGUAAAAGGAAACUUUUCAUGUAGUUCCGUUUUGUUGAAGCAACACCAAUCAGGUGUAUAAUAGUCCGCAUUUCUCUCUGCACUGUAGCAACAGAGUGAGUUUAACUGUGUUUUUUUCACAUGUAUAUGCAUUAGAUUAAUGCUCAACGCCAAAUAAAGCGAG